AGGUAUUGGAACAUGAUAGCACGAAUGUCUCGGUGCUACUGCAACGUGCACUUUUGUAUGAGAGCAGUGAAAAGUACAGACUUGGGGCUGAAGAUUUGCGGACGGUUCUGAAUAUUGAUCCUGGUAAUCGACUUGCAAGGAGUACCAUUCACCGCUUGAGUAAAUUGGCUGAUUAGAGAUCAUUUUGGCAGUCUUGCCCUGGCUUUUUUUUUUUUUAGGCAUAAAAAUCAGGGUGUAGCUCUUAUAUUUGCUUUUCUAUUGGUUAUAUUUUUUUCUCCAAUGGGGGUGGGGGGGAAUAAUUACAACUCUUGGUGUCUUAAAAUAUGGGUUUAUGCACUAAAUAUAUUUUGAAGUUAAGAAUGCUUUUACUUGUAUGCUUAUACUGCAGUAUCAAACUUUUUUAACUUUCAUUGUUAAAAAGUCAUGCAUGUGGCUUCAAAUCA